AGUAAUACCUCCUCCGUGCUCCGCCAUUUCAGCCCUCUACAGACACACUUUCUCACCGUUCCCUUCUGAGUACGCGUUAAACACUUUCUUUAAUCUUCUAUUUUAUUCCUGAUAGUUUGUGCUCCCAUUGAGGACUGCCUCCUUUUUCUCCCCAUGUAUAAAUACGACUCCAGGAUGGGCCGCCGCUGCGCCACGUGGCUGCUGCUGUGCGCUGCCGUCCUCCUCGCCUGCUGCCUUUGCGGCUGCGCGGCGAAGAGGGAGUUCAGCGAGGCGGAAGCAUGGCGCCACCACUACUACGCGCGCGCUACCGACUGCGGUAUAACCCCGGUAGACCGCUGGACGUGCGGGCAUAUUUGCUCUAACGUUCCGGGCUUCGAAACCUAUGCGGUGCUGAACAACGAUGACUUUGGCACGCGUGGCUUCGUCGGCGUCGACCACAACAACUCGCAAAUCGUUGUCGCCUACCGCGGCAGCGACGACCUGGCGAACUGGCUCCUUGACCUGCUGGCGGUGCCUGUCCAAUACAAACCUGACGACUGUGGGAGCGGGUGUAAAGUCCACGCAGGUUUCAUGCUGAGCUACCUUUCGCUCAGUACUGACACCAGCGACGCGGUGCUGACGCUGCUGGGCACCUACCCGAACUACGGCAUCGUCGUCACGGGUCACUCGCUGGGUGGUGCGAUGGCGACGCUGGCUGCUGCAGACCUGCAAGAUCUGUUGAACCACGGCAACUUCACGCCGGCUCCGCAGCCCGUCACGCUGUACACCUACGGCUCGCCGCGCGUGGGCAACGCGGCCUUUGCGCAGUGGGUGACGGACCUGCUAUCCGACGGCGCGAGCUACCGCAUCACCCAUUCGCGUGACCCCAUCGUGCGCCUGCCCCCCAUCAGCUGGGGCUUCGCUCACGUCACCAGCGAGGUCUUCUACAAAUCUCUGCAGAACAUCAGCCGCGUGAUGUGCGUCGACACGGUGACGAAACAGGACGGAAAGUGCAGCAUCGGCAUGUUCUCCGUGAUUGUUUGGGAUCACCUGUACUACAUGGGUGAGUACACGGGCUGCGACAGCGACUCCCUCACAGCGAAGACAUCAGUGCCCCGCCUUCCACUCAAGCUGUACCUCAUCCUCUUCUGGGAGUUUAUCAAGCACAUUUUUUAA